AUGGCAGACCGUGAUAUGCUCAUCAAGCAAACCCAAUUCACAAAGACGUACUAUCGAGAUGUCUAUCCAGCCAUCGAACCCACAUCUCCCUCCAACAGCCAAGCAGGAAAGGUUGUCGUCGUUACUGGCGCGGGAAAGGGGAUUGGUCGAGAGGUAAAGUACUUUUAUGUUUCACCUUACUCGUAGCACAACACCAUCACUUCAACUUUCUCGAUUUCCGAUUAAGACCGUAGAGUGCUCAACGACUCAAGUUACCUUUCAUCGCGGCACCAAAAACGCAAAUGCAGAUGGAGCAUCACGAUAUACUCUACAACGAUAAAGAUGAUUAAAGGUCCAUAUAUACUAACAUAAAACCUCACACCUAGAGCUUCGUAAAAUCCUUCGCCAAAGCAGGCGCCAAAGCCCUCGUGAUAGUCGCCCGUUCCUCAGGGCCUCUCGAGGAAGUGCGGCAAGAAAUCCUCUCAAUCAGCAAAGACAUCAUCGUCCAAGCAGUCGUCGCCGACGUGCGAGAUGCAAAUUCCGUGACGGCGCUCUGGGAGACGGUCAAGGAGAAGUUUGGGAGGGCGGAUGUGUUGAUCAAUAAUGCGGGGACGUUGAAUGCGGGCACUGUUGCGGAGGAGGAUGUUGAUGAGUGGUGGCUUGAUUUCGUGAGUUUCUUUUGUUUUUUUCUUCACGCCUUAUUGUAUCUAGAAGAAGACUUCCAAGAUGUGAAAGCAGGAAAGCUGAUCGAAGCAGGAAACCAACAUCCGCGGCACCUUCCUCAUAUCACAAGGCUUCCUCAAGCUCCUAGGAAAAGAGAGCAAAGGAACGAUUCUCAACCUCUCCAGCGCACUGGGCCUCGCUACCGUCCCAGGACUCUCAGCAUACUCACUAACGAAACUGGUGGCCCACAAGAUGCAAGCCUUCAUCGCGGUCGAGAACCCGAAUGUGGUGGCGAUCGGCAUGCAUCCCGGGUUGAUCAGGACGGAUAUUGUGACGGGGGAUUUGAUGCCGUUUGCGUUUGAUACGUUUGAUCUUGCGGGUGGGACGGCGGUGUGGCUAGCGACUGAGAAGGCCGCGUUCUUGAAUGGGAAGUAUGUUAAUGUGAAUUGGAGUGUGGAGGAGUUGGUGCAGAGGAAGGAGGAGAUUGUGGGGCAGAAGAAAUUGGAUUUGGUUCUUAGUGGUGAGUUUGGUGAGCAGCAGUUUUUGUAG